GUAAAAUUUUCUAUUAAAUUGUGAUGAUCAGUUUUCGAUGAUUUAGAAAUGUCAAUUUUUCUCUUUUCUUUGUUUUUUUUACUUUCAUCGAGAGUUAAAAGUUUUUACGAACUUUGUUUCUUUGUUGCUGUUCGUUGAUCGAAAUGGUCAAAUUUAUUGGAACAAUUUAAUCGCCUAAUUGUUGGAUCAUUUUAAUUGGAAUUCUUUUUGAUAGCCGACUGUAGAGGGAGCGUGAGAAUUAAAAGUAAGCCGACUUAUCGAAUUCCAGUUAAACUGGACUAUCAGUCAUGAUACUGGUCUGACCAGUUACCUUUCCAGGAACCGACCAACUGAAAUUUCAUUAUUGAUCCUGUUUUUUUUUCUGUGUAUUUUGUGUACGUGUUUUGGGAUAGGCUAAAUUGUAAUGUAAAUGUAAUCAAUUCAUUAUUUAUGUGUCUUUAAUGUUUCAUCCAUUGGAUUAAAAGGUUAACAACAAUUGAGAACCUAUGAUGGUUCAACCAUCUUCAUCUUCACCCACCAGUGAAUUUAAUACAAUGAGAAUCUUAUCCAUUCCUUGUUUACUAUUGUUCUCAAUUUUAAUCAACUUUUUACCUUUAAUUCAAGCCGUCGAUGGACAGAGAGCCGUUUUUUUACCCGGUGGGGACAUGUUGGGCUUCACUUUACCCGAAAGUACAAAAGUUGGUUCGGUUGUUUACCAGUUAAAGGCCAAUAAUCCAGGUCGAGGUCGUUUAUCGUAUUACAUUUCAGGAGACUCGUUUAGUGUGGCCAAAGAUUCAGGUGUGGUCACUCUCAUUCGUCCACUUGACCGUGAAACCGAAUCAACUCUUGACGUAAUCAUAACAAUCGUCGACGAUUCAUCGACUGGAAGUACUUUGUCCAUUAAACGGGAGAUUAAGGUGAUCGAUGAUAAUGAUAAUCCGCCCGUUUGGGUUGGGGCUCCGUAUAAAUUUUCCGUCAGUGAAUCAACCAGAUUGUUCACAACGGUAAUUGAAGGAAUUCGUGUCUCCGAUUCUGAUUCAGGGCGGAAUUCACAGAUUGAAGUUUCCUGUGACUCUCAAUCUACUCCGGAAGCUUGUUCCAUGUUUACUGUUCAUAGUUCACCAAUUAAUCAAGAUGGUGGACUUUAUGGUGUCUCAAUUAGUUUGAAAGGAAAUUCACUUAAUUAUGAACUUACACCCGUUCAUAAUUUGGGUCUUCUUGCAAUUGAUACUGGAGGUUUACGAGCAUCGACAAAUGUGACCAUCAAUGUGAUCGAUGUUCAAGAUGAACCACCAAAGUUUCUUAAUGGACCUUAUUCGAUUACGGUCAAUGAAUCGACACCGACUGGAAGUUCAGUUUUAACGAUAAUUGUUCGUGAUGGAGAUAAUUCACCUUCGAUUCGUCGUGAUAUUCAAUUAGAAAUUGUGGAUGACAAGAAAAAGUACUUUACUCUUUCUCGAAUCGAUUCCGAUUCCUGGUCAUUGGAAACUGGAAAUACUCUCAUGGAUCGAGAAGAUCCUGAGAUUUUGCUCGCCGGUGGAAUUUAUAGUUGUACACUUCGAGCGACCGAAUUAGUUCCUAUUCCAGGUUCGACAGGAACAAAUUUCGGUGCUUCAUCAUCGACAAGUGUUACCGUCGUUAUUCAGGAUAUCAACGAUCAAGAACCUCGAUUCAAUCUCGACCAUGUAAAUCUUGAAGUUCCUGAAGAUAUAACCAAUGGAUCAGCUGUUCCGUCUUUGAAUUUGAUUGUUUCCGAUCCCGAUGCAGGUCACAAUGCUAAGUUUGCUCUUUCCAUUGAAGAUCUAGACCAAAAUAAUCCAGCAUCUCGAGUCUUUUCCGUCUCACCCAGUCUAGCAAUGGGACGAACACCAAUCAUUCUGAAAGUGAUUAAUUCUGAUUGGUUGGACUACGAAGAUGCAACUCGAAGAAACUUCGUCUUUAACAUUAUCGCUACUCAAGAUCACAUUCGAUCGGUCGUUUUCAUCAAUUUAACUCUAAUAGAUUCUAAUGAUAAUCAACCGAUUUUCGAUCAACCAGAAUAUUUUGCUCGAGUUUUGGAGAACGAAAAACCUGGUAAAACCUUCUACUCAGUGCUCGCUCUAGAUUCUGAUUCGGGUUCUUUCGGUCGCUUGACUUAUACUCUCAAAGGUUUCGGUUCAGAUAAAUUCACCAUCAAUUCUGUGACCGGUGAAAUUUCAGUCGCUGACUGUUCGUUGGAUGCAAUUCAAACAUCACCUUCGAUUGGCUCCGAAAAAGAAGUUGAAUGUUUAGAUUAUGAAGUUCAACCUUCGUACUCACUUCGAGUCGAAGCGACUGACGGAGGAGGUAAAAGGUCAACUGCUAAUCUUCACAUCGAAAUCGUUGAUAUCAAUGAUAAUGUACCGAAGUUUCAACGUGCUCUUUAUGUUCGCGAAUUGAACGAAAAGGACACGACGAUUUAUCCUCCUUUGAUUCUUCGAGCCACCGAUAUCGAUGGUCAAACCCAAGGUGGAACUAACGGAAUUCGUUACCAUGUUAAAUGGACCAAUUUAACGGGAUUGGCUAUUGAUCCAAUUUCCGGUGAUGUUAAAUUGACCCAAUCAAUUCAUGCCAAUUUUACCCGCAACCGGGAAACUGGAUUGCGUAAGAAGCUCAACUAUGAGGCCAUAAUUGAGGCCGUUGAUGGAGGUCAACCUCCUCUCUCAGCUGAGGCUGUUAUUCAAAUUUAUGUCCGGUCAGCUCGAGACGGUGAGCCAAUGUUUAUAAAUGAACCUUAUAAUGCAACGGUCAAGGAAAAUGCUGCCCCUGGAACUGUUAUUAUCACUGUUAAGGCCACAGAUCCCGAUGGACCUGAUGCCAAACUACGUUACUCACUAAUCGCUGGGGCUAAAGAUAAUUUCAUUAUCGAUCCAACAACGGGUGAAGUUAAAGUUAGCUCAUCAGCUAAUCUUGAUCGCGAUCUAUACGGGGGAGAGUAUACUUUGACUGUUGCCGUUACCGAUUCAGGUCACCCAAUACCCUUAACAUCAACAGCCCCAUUAACGGUUAUUGUUGAAGAUGUUAACAAUAAGCCUCCUAAAUUUGGCAAAGAUGGUUACGUAAUCUAUUUGUCCGAUUCACAAUUUGUCCCCGGUUAUGAGAUCAUGACCAUAAGAGCUGCCGACACCGAUUCCAAUGCCAAAAUCCGUUAUGAUCUUGAUCUUGAGUCAAUUAAAGUUCGAGAUAAAACUGGAGCAUUGGUUGGACGAUCAGAAUAUUUCAAUAAUCUUCUCAAAAUUGAUCCCGCGUCAGGAGUCAUUAGUGUUAAUGGUACAGUUGAUUCUGAACGCGCUUCCAUCAUUGUAGUGCCAAUAGUUGCUCGUGAUAUUAACGGACAAGCCGAUGAUGGAUCUUCAUUUGAUCAAAAAGCUUCCGCCGAUCUAACUAUUUAUAUUCAAUCUCAUGGUGAACGUAAUCCGGUCUUCAUCGCACCCUGGACACCAUCAGAGCCGACCUAUGAAAUAAACCUUCCAGAAGAAACUCUAAUUGGAUCAACCGUUUUCGUCUUAUCGGCCAAAAAUCCGUUAACUGGUAAACCGAUCACGAACUUCAAGAAGAUCGAUUCAACAGACCCAGAGGGUUAUUUUUCCGUUAAUAAAUUAACUGGAGUGAUAACAAUCAAUCGUCGUAUUGACUAUGAAUCACUAAUUGUUAAACAGAUCAAAUUUUCCGUCGAAGCCGUUGGUCAGCCAGCAAAAGGUUCAGAGGAAUAUCUUGGCGGAGAAAAGUUCACCUCAGUGGCAAACAUUUUAGUCUCUGUUGUUGAUGUGAACGAUAACUCACCCGUUUUUCUGCAGGACAAUUAUCGAGCAUCCGUUCUGGAAACAGCGAAAUGGCCUCAAAUUGUUCUAACAGUUUCUGCUACUGAUCGUGACUCUGGACCUUUUGGUUCAAUUGGCUAUCACCUAUCAGGAGAUGGUUCUGAUAUGUUCGAGAUUAAUAAUCGAAGUGGAAUUCUCAGAAUUCGACAAGGAGCCAACCUUGACCGGGAAAGAAAAUCGAUUUACAAUUUACAAGCAACAGCAAUUGACAAUUUCCGUGAGGAAAUUGACAAAAAUAGCGACGAUUCAAUUGUCUCAAUGAAAUCGCAAGGUAAUGGAUUUCGAGGUGGCAACAGGAAAACUACAGUUUCUGUCGUGAUUGAAUUGAUCGACGUUAACGAUAACUCACCAAAAUUUUCGCGUGAUUUGUAUGAAAUUAUUGUCCCUGAAAGCGCUCCCGUUGGUUCUCGUGCUGGAUCAGUAUCAGCAAUCGAUCCUGAUGAAGGUAGAAACGGACAAGUUUACUAUGAGAUCGCUUUCCUUGAAAACUUUCCCGAUCCACGGGAAGAGCUGUUUACCAUUGACCGAUCAACCGGUGAACUAUUUGUGAAUAAAUCGCUUUCAGGAAAAGGUCGAAUCGAUCCUUAUAUCAUUCAUAUUGUUGCUCGAGACUCAGGUCGUGAAUCUUUCUCAUCACAUACCAAAUUCUCAAUAAUAAUCGGUGAUAUCGCUGCAAACGACGGUGUCCCAAGGUUCGUACGACCCGCUGAAAAUGAAAUCAUCUAUCUGACUGAAAACACUAAACCAGGAGCUUUGGUCUACACUGUAACUGCCAUUGAUGCCGAUAAUCCUAAUAGUCCAAAUGGUCGAGUUAUGUACAAAUUUGCCGAACCCUCGCCUUAUUUUGAUAUUGAUUCGACUCGAGGAACGAUAACAACAUCACGAAAUGUUGGUAAAACGGUGACACUUGAUCGAGAAAAACAAGAAAAUUACACUUUAAUUCUAGUCGCUUUUGAUCUUGGUAAUCCACCUCAAGAAUCCCAACGAAUUAUGGUAAUCCGAUUGAACGAUACUGAUGAUAACUCACCUCAUUUUAAUCGAGGUGUCGGCGAUUCUCCAAUGACUUGGGAGAUCGACGAAGAGCAACCGAUUGGUUCAUUAAUUGGAACUCUAAAAGCAAUCGAUGAUGAUAUUGGCUCCAAUUCGAUUGUCCAAUAUUACAUUAAUUACGAGUCAGUUGAAGGAGCGAUCGUAAUUGAGACUGUUAAUAAUUCAGGACAAAUUAAAAUUGGUAAACGUCUUGAUCGAGAAGCGAUUGAAAUGAUAACACUUGUAGUUCAAGCUCGACCUUCAUUGAAAUAUCGUAAAUUAGGUGGUAAUGAAGGACGAAAAUUAAAAGCUACAAGUUCCUCUUAUAAUCCAAAUGACUUGAGCCAAGUGGAGAUUAAAAUAAUUCUGAAAGAUAUUGAUGAUAAUCCACCCAAAUUCAGUCAAGACUAUUUUCUAACAGGAAUUCGUUGGGACACUCCAGUCCAUUCUGACUUACUAACAUUUAACGCUCUUGAUCCCGAUCCAACCGAUUCAAUUAGUAACGGAAAUACAAUUGAAUAUUCAAUCGGCUCUGCAAUUUUCAUCAAUGGAAACAAAGUGACACCGAACAUGUCACACGUAUUUGACCUUGGACGGACAAAUGGAAUCCUUCGUAAUGACAUGACACUUAAAUCGUUCGUCGGAGGUUACUUUUUAUUAACAGUAGACGCGAUCACAAUCCAUCCUGACCAAACAAAAUCGGCCUCAUCUUCAGUUCCAGUUCGCAUUUUAAUUAUUCGAGAAAAAGAUUUCGUCAAAUUUGUUUUCAACAAAAGUCCAAAUACCGUUGAGUCAAAUUUGGGCGAACUUAAAAAUGACCUGGAAAAAGCAUUAGAACCAAUGAGUCUCAAAUGGUCGUUUAACUUUCAAGAGGCACAUUUCCAUGAACGGAAAGAUGGUUCACUCGAUUUUGAGGCUACUUCCGCUUGUUUCCAAAUUCUAGAUGCUCCAGUUGACCUUCACUCGACACCGGAAGACAUUCAAGCCGGAACAAUUGUUUCCUACAAAGAAGCUCUUAAAUCAUUGAAAAAUAAUUCACUGUCACAAUUAAAGAAAAUCUAUUCCAAUUAUGGAAUCAUCUCAAUCGAGGAAUGUAUUAAGCCUCGAAGCCAACCCUUACUUUCCCGACAACAGCUCGGAAUCGUUUUAGUUGCCAUAUUCAUCGCCUGUUGUACUUUACUUUUAACCAUGAUGGCGAUUAACAUGAAAUCUGACCUUAAACGUAAAUUGAAUACGGUCACUAAUUGUGUCGGAAUCGCCAGCCAGUCACAAUUAGGUUCAAUGUUAAAUCCCCACCAUCAUCCCCACCAUCCCCACCCUCAAGCGGUUCCAGGUCAACCAAUUUAUAAGCCAAAUCAGUUCACCAAUAUCCCAAAUCAAGACAGAAUUUACGAAUGGCAGGAAGCCAUGAAUCCACAAUUAGAUGCACUUUCGGCGAGAAGUUUUCCAACAUUAAGGUGAUAAUUGGUCAAUCAAUUAAUUGGGAUUCGCUGCAAUUAACUUAACUGUUUCAUCUUCACCAUCGAUCAUCAUUAUUAAAUUAUUAUUUAUUAUUUUCUUUUUCUCAACAAAUUAAACUUAUUUUUUACCAAAACAAA